CUCCUUUGUUUUGGCCAUUGGUCAAUUAAAGGCACAUUUUUUAUGGUGCCAGCUCCAAUCACUGGGACACUGAAAUGAAACCUUUCUUCUCAAUUCUCAAUGUCUCCUGACCAAAAAGAAGUAGAAACAUUUUUACUCCUGAGCAUAUUGAAGAAAGAAACUAAUGAUUUAGCAUGUGAUAUAUUUGCUUUAAUUAUGUCAACUCUUUUCUUAGCAAUCGAUAAUCUUAAAUUGCAAAUGGCUGGUAUGGAUCAACGGAUAAAAGAUCUGCAAUCAAACCUUGAGAAGCAGGGAAAAGCUCUUUCCUUUACAAAAUUUAUCGCUGUAAGUGGCAACAAAUUCUAUAUUUUAAAUAGUGUUGAAGCCACUUAUUCCGAGGCCAAAACCAAGUGUAUUAAUGACGGAGCUCAGUUGGCUGUACCCCGGACCCUCGAAGAAAACCAAGCCAUGUUCUCCCUCCGCAAGCAGGCCAAUCGUAACUUAUUCAUGGGUAUAAAUGACUUGCAGAAAGAGGGUGAGUUUAGAGACCAGUCUGGAGAAGCCAUCAAAUAUAUCAACUGGAGCUCAGGUGAACCCAACAACGCUUUUGGCGACGAGGACUGUGUGGUUAUGUGGGAAGAUGGAAGGUGGAAUGAUGAUAAUUGCAUAGCCAAAUUUUUUUUUCUUUGUGAGUUUUAAAUUAGAGCAAAAAAGCCAUUUACCUCUUUAAAUGCACCUUUUAAGGCUACAUUCCUUGUAUUCUCUUGUGCACCACUAAUUACCAGGCAUUAAAGUGCUUGUAAACCAUUAUGUUUACCCAGUGAAGUGACUGACCUCAGAUGAUACACAGAGAUUAAACAAAUCCUCCUACAUAAAUUAUACCUGAUUAUUUGCAGCCUUCUUUUCUCUACAACUGUUCAAAGUGGAGGGAAGCCACUCAUUGGAGGGAAGGCACACCCCCCCCCCUUUCACACAACACACAGGAACCAAGCUGAGGCUGUUAAUCACAGGCUGUGUGCUGGAGCUUCCUCUCCAUAACCUUUUUUUAGCUCUAGAGGGAUUUGCUUUGUUCAUAUUUCUUAUUACAGGUUUACAACCACUUUAAUAUAUGUUCAUGAUUGUUUUCAGUUACUGUAUUCUAUUGAAAAAACAUUAAAAUACAUGUAACUAUAUUAAAAAUAGCAUCUUAUUUACAGUUUAUUGUUGUAUCUCCAGUUUUGAUGCUUCUUCUGAAUAAGUACCACUAGCAGAAAAGUUUUGAAACCCAGCAAAGGGAAAUAAUAGAUGGUGAUAGUAAGCCAAAACAACCAAUCAGUAAUAAUAUAUUGAUAAUGCAAGCAAAGACUAAUCAGUUACUGAAUUUACUAAAUAGGAGCAAUCCUGAUCUUAGCAUUGAGGGGAAAAAUGGGU